AUGGCUAUUCCUACUAGUGCUACUGAUGUUCUCAUUCAAAAGCGUUAUGAAGCAUGUUCAUACUUGCAGGUGUUACAGGCAUAUGAUAAGGAAGAUGAUUGUUUUAAUCUAAAUGUCCUGUUGAUCUGGUGCACAUCACAAGACUUGUCCAUACUUAAGCACUUGCAUUCCAUGGAAAUGAAACCACUUUCAGAAACUUAUUUCUGGAUUUUUGCCUCUUCCUUUGUUUUGAGCACCGGACGUCUAGGUCACCAUACCCUCACCAGAAAUCCACAAACACACAGUCCUCAUGAGCUGCUGAUUGUGGAUGUCCCAAAAGAGCAGGAAAUGAUUGUUGACUUAUUUUUAUUUUCCUCCAGCACAGGAAAAUUGCAGACUCUGGAAAGAGAUGAAGAUGGAAACUGCACUCUGGUGGCAGAAUUCAUUCUCUUGGGGUUCUCAGAAUCUCCAGAGCAGGACCCUCCAUUGUUUGCUGUCUUUCUCAUGAUCUACAUCACCACCCUGAUGGGGAAUCUGGGAAUGAUUAUAUUAAUCAGGAUCAGCGCUCAGCUUCAUACCCCCAUGUACUUUUUCCUAUGCAGUUUGUCUGCGGCUGGCAUCUGUUAUUCCUCAGUUAUCACCCCUUGGAUGCUAACGAGUUUUCUAACAGGUUACAAAUCAAUUUCCUUUGGUGCAUGCUUUGCUCAGCUCUACUUUUUUGCGGCCUUGGUGUGCACGGAAUGUUUCCUGCUGGCCACAAUGGCCUAUGAUCGUUAUAUAGCCAUCUGUAAUCCCUUGCUCUAUUCUACAAUUAUGUCACAAAACAUCUGUGCCACAUUGGUUGCUGGUUCGGGUUUCCUCGGCUUGACAAAUGCCAUGCUAACAGUACACUUUUUAAGCAGUUUACAUUUCUGCGACUCUAACAUCAUCAGGCAUUUCUUCUGUGACACUCCUCCCCUAAUAGCACUUGCCUCAGAUCACCGUGCCAUUGAAAUGAUCAUAUCACUUAUGGCUGGGUAUACCAUCCUUGCAUCCUUGGUCAUCAGUCUCCUAUCUUAUACCUUAAUUCUGUCCGCCAUCCUGAAGAUCCGUUCUGCUCAAGGCAGGCGUAAGGCCUUUUCUACUUGCACAUCUCACCUGACGGCAGUCUCAGUCUUCUAUGGGACUCUGAUAUUUACCUACCUUCGCCCAAAUACCAGCUACUCAUUGGGCCAAGAUCAAGUGGCCUCUGUCUUCUACACAGUGGUGGUGCCUAUGUUGAACCCUAUGAUCUACUCUCUCAGAAACAAAGAGGUGAAAGAGGCUUUCAAGAAAUCAGUUGGACAACUGUUAAGUUCACUGAGCAAUUGA